AUGAGGAGAGACAAGGACUCCUCUGUCCUGCUGCCAAAACCUCAGUAGUGUGAUGUCACCUCCUGAAAGCGAGCACAGAAAAACAGCAGGUAAAGGAUGGCAAAGCUUAUACUGGCAAACUGAAAGGUGUUGCGAGAAGGGAUGCAGCAGUGAGCAGGCAUCUCAGUUACUCACAAUGUGGAGAUGUUGCAAUUUUAAGGCUUAGGGGGCCAGAGCAGGAUGUAGUAGCCCCAUUUGCUUGUAUUUCUCAAGCUUCCUGUUAUUUGCUCUUCCACCUACAUCUCCCUUUUUGGGUGCCGUGCAAAUUGCACCAUACACACCCCUCAGACUGAGUGGGCCAGUUUCAGAGCCGAUGUCUAAGCAGUAUGGCAAAUUGCUGAAAAUACAGAAAACUCAGACCUGGUGUGUAUUUCUCAUUGAGGGGGCGGGAGGAUGGUUUCAUUUGCAACAGCCUGUGUUUCCUGACAGAUGUAUCUUAUUUUUUGACUUAAGUGGUGAUUGCACUUCUAUGACUCAGUGCAAAGCACUGCUCUGGUUUUGAUAUUUUCUGUAGUUGAAAGCUCAAUUGAAGGAUAUAAAAGGCAGCAGCUUCAAUGACUAGACAGAAAUACAAGAAGUUUUUGUCUCCAAGGAGUUUCUCCUUAUGUGACUUUUUCUUGGUAUAAAUUAUAGAGGAAAGCCAAAUCUAAUGGACAUGGGAUCCCUGAUGAUCAAGCCAGUACAGCGGGUAAUGAAAUACCCCUUGUUACUCUGUGAACUGUUGAAUUCAACUCCUGCUUCUCACGCUGACCACAAAGCACUACAAGAGGCCCUUUCUGCUAUGAAAAAUAUUAACGUGAACAUCAAUGAACUCAAAAGGAGGAAAGAUUUAGUGCUGAAGUAUAAGAGGAAUGAUGAUGAUGAAACCCUUAAAGAAAAGUUUUCUCGACUGAAUAUUCACUCCAUUAGCAAGAAAUCCAAGAGGGUCACCAGUCAUCUGAAAAUACUGACAGGAGGAGAACCUCAGGUGAAAGAUCAGACAUUCAAUAAGGAAGAAAAGUUGUUUCGAAGCUUAGAGAAGACUGUGAAAUCAUGCGUGAAGAACAUUUCAUUAUCCUUACAGCACCUACAGGAUUCCAUACAUCUGGCUGCACAGAAUAUAACUGGGCUUCAGGAGAUCUUGCAAGAGAAAGACGACGAAGCUAACAAAAACUCAAAGAAAAUGAACAACUCUGCAAAUCUCUGUGAAGACCUUGUGAGUUUAUGCAAUGUCCAACAUUACAUAGAUAACAGUGUGACUGAGAGUAUGCGAGGAAGACUCAGGGCAAGAAGGAGCAAAAAAACCUUAUCACAGAAUCACAGAAUCGUAGGGGUUGGAAGGGGCCUCUAGAGAUCAUCGAGAC